CCAUGUCUGUCAAACUGACGUGUAAAUAUGCGAAAGUCGCGAAACCAAUGUAAUUUAUGAUUAAUAAUACAAAAAUGAGCCGAAAAAUACCAUAAUAAAUGUUCAAAUUAGAGCUAUCCCAAUGAUACUCAGUUAUUUGUAGCAUACUGUAUUUAUUUGGAACAAAGUUUUCCUACAUUCUAGUCAGAAAUGUUCCUGUUUGGCUCAAAUUUAGAAUUUGAUAGUUUAGACAAUUUUUACGUGCAAUUUUUGGCUGAGACUGUAUUGUAUCUUAGAAGUUUUGCGUUGUAUAUAAGUUUAUGGGUUUUGGGGUAUCUGCUGGUGUGUUGUGUGGUGUAUCGGCGGUACGCACGUCGGCUACCGACGCGGUCUCGGGGGGCGCUUCGAGCGAAACGAGUGUUGAUUGUGGUAGCACACCCAGAUGACGAGUGCAUGUUCUUCGGCCCUACGAUAUUUAGACUGUGCGAGCAGGGUGCAGACGUGUAUUUGCUCUGUCUCUCUAAUGGCAACAAUGAGGGCAAAGGAUAUAUACGAAGUAAAGAGCUAUGGCUUGCAUGUUCCGAGCUUGGAGUGUCUGACCAUAACAUAUGCCUUGUCACAGACACACGACUCCCAGACAACCCAAAGGUGCAUUGGCCAGUGGCCGUCAUUGCCAAGCUGAUACAGCAUCAGUUGGAGUCUCUGGAUAUAGACACACUAGUGUCAUUUGAUAGGGGUGGGGUGUCAUCACACCCAAAUCAUUCAGCAGUAUUUUAUGCUAUAGCAUAUAUGUUUGUAGAGAGACUUCUGCCUGAAAGGUGCACAGUAUACACACUAGACACUGUAAAUGUAUUAAGAAAAUACUGGGGCUUCUUAGAUCUUCCACUAAGCUUUGUUUUGUCUUCCAAAAGAUACUUCCUCCGCUGGACGGAGUCCCGACGCGUAGUCCGCGCCAUGAAGCGACACCGAUCACAGAUGGUGUGGUUCCGGCACCUGUAUGUUACGUUCUCUCGUUACAUGAUCAUCAACACGCUGCGCCGGAUCAGCCUGGCCGAUAUAGAGCUAGAGUUGGAAGUUGAUGACUGAAGCAACUGGUUCAUCGCUUGGUACAAUUAUAUAGAUGGUACCCAUAAAAGGGUAUCCAGACGGGACUGAUGAAUCCAGUCGAUUUGUUCAGGAAAAUAAUUGGUCAAUCUCAUCUAGCAUCCACACGUACACAAAUUAAAUCUCCAAUUUGCAUUUACUAUGAAAAUUGGUAUUUUUGUGUCCGCACCUGCUGAUGUGAUCGGGGAAUCAAAUUGGUAUUUGCGUCCGCACGGCCCUGUUCGAUCGGAGAAUUUCAUCAGAUUGGCGAAAAAUUGUCUCGUCUGGAUACAGCUUAACUCUAACCAAUCCCAACGUAAUAUCCGUAACAUACUGCCGCACCGCGACCUUGGUUUGGUGCGGUAGUGUGUUACGGAUAUUAGUCACGUGUCUACGCACAUGCAGCCGAUGUGCUCUGGCUUUAAAACGCCAUCUAGCAUUCGCUAUACUUAUCAAAAACGAUUCUAGAUGGCGCUAGCACUUCCGCAGAGCGCUUCCUCGUAGUUCUAGUCAAUCUCAGCUUUCGAAAACUUUUUAUUUUACAUUUUGCUAUGGAGUCACUGUAAAUAGAACUAAGAUGAAAAAAUAAAAUCUACAGCAUAUACAGCUGUCUGCAUAAAUAUUAGCGGAUGAAAAAACAAGCCAAAAGUUUCUGCCAACCUGGAACUGGAAUACAUUUCCAAAUAGAGACAUACAGUGUGGAAAGAUAAGUCGGGCCCUGGAGGGAAACUACCUUAAAUCCUUAAGCUGGCUCAUUUUACUUAAAGGAGACAUUUCUUUAUUUUUGAAAAGAAACAAAACUGCAUUCAAAGAUUUUUCUUUUUUUCUUCAAUUUUGCUUGUCUAAUAAAAUCUUGAGUACUAAAUAUUACAUUUUAUGGUUAUUUUGUACGACAGACGAGUGUAAGACCUUAUGUUUCUUGGAGAAAUGUUAUCAUUAACAUUAGCUGUAGCGGCUAUUGUAUUAAAAUUGCGAGUGUUUAUUUUUUGGAAUUUUUAGUCGGUUCAAGUCCCGGGCGAGGCAAGCGAGUUUUAGAAAAUCUUUGAAUGCAGUUUUGUUUAUUUUUAAAAAUAAAGGAAUGUCUCUUAAAAUGAGCGAGCUUGAGGAUUUAAGGUAGUUUCCCUCCAGGGCCCGACUUAUCUUUCCACACUGUAUACUCUAGCACAGUGACCUUGUCAGUAGAAAACGGCGACAAAUUAAAAUAAGUGUUCCGUGAACAAUGUUUUGUACGAAACACUAAAAAUAUGUAGGCGUAAAGAGCUAACUCUCCACAGCCAAUUUUAAUUUCGUGCCUUUUUCUAGUUACAAGUUGGGUGUUUUUCAGUUAUCUCUACAGUUGGCGUUAUCUAUAAGAUCUGUAGGUAACAGUCUAAUUAUUCUACAUACAUACAGAGACAUAUCUCUUUAAGUAAAGUUAUUAGAGAAAGGGAGAUACUUUUGAAGCGCAGUCUGGGAUAUAACCGCGAAAAUCGAAGUUCGUAAAUUGCGGGAAUUUUUCUCUGUCACUCUAAUUACUUACACCUUCAUUGGAGUAAAAGAGAAAGAUCCCCGCAAUUUGCGAAAUUCGGUUUUCGCGGUAGCCCCCCUAAUCCGCUACUUUGUGCUGCUAAUGCUGUAUGUGCCUAUUACCUACUGAAAAUGUUGUUUUAAGGAUUACGGUCAAUUGAAGAGCCGCCUAAGUUAUUCUUUCUAUUAUAAUUAUUAUAAAAUAUAUUUAUGCUUAAAUAAAUGUGUGUUAUAUCAAUAGAAUUAAACUUGCAAAAUCUUGCAUUGCUGAAAGCAAGUCUUUCCAGAGCUUGUCAAACUUUGAACGUAGGUACUUUGCGUUGUAUAUCAACACUUACUUGUGUUAUAUUUGGAAAAAAUAUAUAAGUUGGAAUUGUCACAUUAAAAUGUGAAAUAGAUUAUCUAAUAUGAGCUAUCAAUAAAUAUAUUGUUCAAAUUAGAAGUAAUGUUGGUUAAAUGUAUUUAGAUAUAAGUUCUCUGUUUAUCAAAAGCUUGUAACUUGUGAUACAAAUGGAAGUCCCUUUCUAACAAAAGCUGUCAAAAAGGGACUUCCACUUGUAUUGCUUUUGAUAAACAGGGCAAAGAUCUUUUAAUUUUCAACAAAUGAAUUGGUAAUUAUGGAUUGAUCCGAUCGGAGGACCUUUCCUUUUUAAUUGUUAUAAUAUAAAAUCUUGUUUGAAUCAAGCAGUCAAAGUUUAUAUGUACCUAAUAUACUCGUAUAAUGUUAAUUAUGUUAUCACGAAGGCAUUUAUCCUCGCAUUUUGACUCUAUGGCUAGCUGUCUAAGCCAUACUUAGAGGAUAUAACCAACGGAGAUGUGUCUAUAAUUUUCGGUACAAAAUAGUCUGCCGUUUUUUGCGGGGGAGGGGCACAUCAAAUGUAUACGUAACGUUAACAUAGCCAUGUCAGAUAAACGUCAGUCCAUAUAUGUGGUUGACCAUUGGCCACCUAUUUUCGACAGAGGGGAACGCGGAACGCCUGUUAAUGACCACUCCGUUGGUUAUAUUCUCUAAGAAGCCAUAGUACCUACUUUUAUUUUUGAGAACUCUUGAGCUGUCUUUAGCUUUAAAAAAAACUGCAAACGCGUUUUGUUGUUUUUUGAUAUUAAUUUUA